CAUUUCUGCCUUAUUCUCCAAGCUAAUGGCGUCUCUCUCUUCAAUUGCAUCUGCAGACUCCGAUUGAAAGCCCUAAUUCCCAAAAGCCGAACCCUAAUUUUAUCUCACGUGCUUUUAAAUUUCCAUUUUCGAUUCCUCUCUUUCAUUUUCAACCUUUCAUUCUCUUAAUUUAAAACGAAAGAAUUCUUUUGCUUUUGGUUUUGGUAUUGACUUGGUAGAUGGCACGUGGUGAUUCUGCGGCUUCACUAGCUCCUGGAUUCCGAUUCCACCCCACUGAUGAGGAACUUGUUCGCUACUACCUCAAACGGAAGGUUACCAAUAAACCCUCUCGGUGUGACCCUAUAGCUGUUGUCGACAUCUACAAAACUGAGCCGUGGGAUCUCCCAGAUAAGUCGAAGUUGAAGAGCAGGGAUUUAGAGUGGUAUUUCUUUAGUAUGCUGGAUAAGAAGUAUGGCAAUGGUUCCAAGACAAACCGGGCCACAGAGAAAGGAUACUGGAAGACAACUGGGAAGGACCGCCCUGUGCGCUGGAACUUGCGAACUGUGGGGAUGAAGAAGACCCUUGUGUACCAUCUUGGACGGGCUCCACGUGGUGAGCGUACCAAUUGGGUAAUGCACGAGUACCGCCUUGCUGAUGAGGAUUUGGAGAAAGCUGGAAUUGUUCAAGAUGCAUUUGUGCUGUGUAGGAUAUUCCAAAAGAGUGGAACAGGGCCAAAGAAUGGGGAGCAAUAUGGGGCACCAUUUGUUGAGGAGGAAUGGGAUGAUGAUGAAGUGGUGGGUGUGUUGUUACCAGGUGAGGAAAUGGUGGUGGCUGAUGAAGUGGUGCUUGGUGAUGAUAUAUAUGAGGAAACAAAUGAGCUUGACCAGAAUUUUGAUGGUGGAGUUUCAUCUGAAAAUGCUUCCCUUCCUGUGAACUACUACCAUGGAGAAACAAGCAACUAUGUUGAGCCCUCUGAAAACUUCAGUGGAGAUGAUCAAAAGCCUAUAAUUGACAGGGGGGAAGCUCAGCAUGGUUCUGAUCUUCCAGAUGGCCAAAGCUUAUUCAGUUUACCUGGGCAAUAUGGGAUCGAUGCAAAAUCAGUACGACAUGAAUAUAUCACUGAAUCAAGCAACAAUGCUAAUGCUAUUGAUGACAAUUUCCUGCUUGAUGAGCCAUUCUUGGAUGCUAUUGGCAAUCCUCCAUUCAGCGAAGGAUUUUUCCUGGAGGCCAAUGAUCUGUCGAAUCCUGUGGAGCCAGACUCUGCUGGAGAUUCUACAGUUUUUGACAUGGUUGAUGAGUACCUCAAUUUCUUUGAUGCUAGUGAUGACAACCUAACUUUUGAUCCUUCCGAACUUAUAGGGAGUGAAAGUACUGUCUCUGAUCAAGCUUCUCUAUCUGAGAAGAUAAGGGAUGUCAAUGGAGGAACUGAGGAAGUGCCAAUGGCAACUGAAAAACUGUUAGCAACACACAGCAACACUGAUGCAUCCUCCUCGAAGCAACAAAAGCCAGAGGCGACAAAGAUUGACUCAGAUAUCAAAUACCCAUUCAUGAAGCAGGCCAGUCACAUGUUGGGCAGCAUUCCUGCACCUCCUGCAUUUGCUUCUGAGUUCCCUAUCAAGGAUGCAGCUCUGCAGUUAAAUGCAGCACAAUCAUCCAGCUCAAUUCGUGUUACUGCUGGUGUUAUCAGAAUAGAAAACAUUACUUUUGGCAGCAGUGGGAUGGACGGGUCAUUUAGCAAGAAUGGGAAUGUUAAUAUCAUCCUCUCUUUUGGCAUGUUGCAAGACAAUGCAAGUCCGACUCCUACAAGUUUGGUGCCACUGGGGAGUUUAUUCACGGGCAAGACAUUGUCUCUGUUGUCACACAGCUGGUUGUCCUUCAUGUGCUUAUGGGUCCUUAUUCUUUCAGUGAGUUUUAAAAUUGGGACUUGCAUUUGUACCAAGUAACUAACAUGGUCAAUGAAGUUGGCCAGGAGACGCUGAAACUGUUCCCUGGGCCAAAUUUUCUCUGGGGAUUGGUUGAUCCAGAACCCCCAUUAUAGGUUGCAUAGAACAACAAACUGUUACAAAUUCUUUAUAUUAACCGCCAAAUCUGGUGCUUGGUGUGUUUUUGACCUA